GACACAAGUUACUGAAGGCAUAAAAAUAAGUCCAACCUACCCCGAUAUGGCUAGGUACGUACUAAUCGCAUUACUGAAAAAGACUUUACCCUAUGUUUGAGACCCAGCGCCAUCACCGUUGAGCCAAGCCGGUCUCGGUUAGUCUGCUAGCCAAUGUGAUACACUUCAUUUCUUCAACUUUGUGGGGACUAGCUGAAGCUAUCGGGGUUGCUGAAAUUGGGUCUGGUCCAUAAUCUGCGACAUACUGAGUCCAUGGCUUCAUUCCGUACCUAUGCCUAUACACAGGGCAUUUGGAUUGGCCUGGUCUGGAAUGAUGCAGUCGCUCAAUCAUAUCAGGGGUAUAGGGGUGGAGUAUAUCAACAACUCAGGCUGAACAGAAUCACCAUGAAAUCCCUCGAGAUGCAGCCGUCACGAGCGGUUGGUGAGAUUGACGAGUCUAAUCCAACUAGCAAACCCGACAUUGACUUUAUAGAGAGUGCAGAGGCAGGCAUGUCAGCUAUCUAUGUUGAAACCGUGGCUUCUCGGCUCUCCAAGGGUCAUCGGGACUAUCUCAUCGAACGCCAUGGGACUUUGGACCUAGAUCCUAUUCCCGGGAUGAGUCCUACGGAUCCAUAUAACUGGCCUACUUGGAAGAAAAUGAUGAACUUAAUUCUAGUCGCCUUCCACGCAUUAAUGGGAACCUUCAUGGCGAGCGCCAUUAUUCCAGCAUAUUCAACCAUCGCUGAGGACUUUGGUGUCUCCUUGCAGCGAGCAAGUUAUCUCACAUCACUACAAAUCGCGAUCCUGGGAGGUGCACCGCUGUUCUGGAAACCCCUAUCCAACCGAUUCGGUCGUCGUCCCAUUUUCCUUUUAUCCCUGAUAUGCAGUUUGAUCUGUAAUGUAGGAUGUGCAAAGAGUCCCGGUUAUGCAUCAACCGCUGCAUGCCGAGCGCUGGCCGCAUUUUUUAUCUCUCCAGCGUCUGCUAUUGGCAGUGCGGUAGUAAUGGAAACAACGUUUAAGAAGGACAGAGCUCGGUAUAUGGGAGUCUGGACCCUGAUGGUCACACUAGGAGUUCCUAGCGGGCCGUUUAUAUUCGGGUUUGUGGCUUAUUGGGCAGGGUAUCGGUGGAUCUAUUGGGUACUUGCAAUGAUCAACGGAGGCCAAUUUAUCUUAUACCUCUUAUUUGGACCCGAAACGCGUUACGUGGGCAUAGGUGCCGACCGCCAGAUAAAUUGGAAAACCGAAUACCUUUAUAUCAGACGCAUCGAUAAAACGCCAUUCUCAUGGUACGAGUUCAUCAAGCCAUUAACAAUGGUCAAGCGCCCAUCCAUUGUGGUCCCCGCUGUGGCAUACGCCAUGGUCUUUCUCUUCGCCAGUAUCCUCUCUACUGUGGAGAUUCCAAACCUCCUGCAAGAAAAGUUUGGUUUGAGCGAAGAGCAAGUCGGACUGCAGUUCCUGGGAGUCAUAAUCGGCUCCAUUCUUGGCGAGCAAUUGGGCGGGGUCAUGUCCGACUUCUGGAUGCGCCAACGAGAACGCCGGAUAGGACGCAAAGCAGACCCUGAGUAUCGACUGUGGUUGAGCUACUUUGGCUUCUCCCUCGCCAUUAUCGGUCUUAUUGUCUUCCUUGUAUGCACUCAAACAGCACCAAGUAGUCAUUGGAGGGUUACCCCCAUUGUUGGAACUGCUAUCGGGGCCGUGGGAAACCAGGUCAUCACCACCGUGCUGGUCACGUACGCGGUUGAUUGUUAUCCAGAGGAGGCUGCGAGUGUUGGCGUAUUUAUUACGUUCGUUCGUCAGAUUUGGGGGUUUCUCGGGCCGUUCUGGUUUCCGUCAAUGUUCGAAAGGGUUGGCAUCGCAGCGAGUUCCGGAGUAGGUGUUGCUCUCAUCGUCGGUGUCAGCGUAGUUCCGACUAUCUUCCUUCAUUGGAAGGGACAUGCUUGGCGUAAGGAGAAGAUAUAUUCCUAAUGCUGUUAUGACUUAUGUUAUAAGCGUUAUUCUGUUUCUGUGUUAGUCAUUUUCAGCUAGGUAUAAGGUCAAUGAAGAACAUCAACACUCCAACAAUCAUGGAUAUUUCGAGGGUGUAUGUAUAACAAGAGAAGUUGGUCAGGCCCCCCCAAAAAAAAAGGAAUAGAAGAGAAAUAGAAAAUAGCCCAUGACUUAUAUUGCUUCGUAACCGCCCCUUAAAUCCCAAGCAGCCUUAGUUCUUUUCACCGGC